AUGGCUUCUGCAACCCAACCCAACCUCCUCCUCUGUUUCUUCCUGCUUUUUCUCUACUUGGGUCCAUUUGUCAGCGCGCAGAUUGAAGAGACCAGCUUGAAGUUGGUGGCAGAGGCUCUGGAGUGGCCUGGUUCUACAAUGUCACCGCUCUACGACGAGCUCGAUGAGGCGGAGGAGGAAGACGGCGGCGAGGACAUGGAGCUGGACAUAGAACAUGGGUACGCGCGCAGAUCUCUGUUCUGGCGGAGAAUGAAGUACUACAUUUCGUACGGGGCUCUCUCGGCCAACCGCAUCCCCUGCCCGCCAAGGUCAGGGAGGUCUUAUUACACCCACAACUGCUUCAAAGCCAGAGGCCCUGUUCAUCCGUACAGCCGAGGCUGCUCUAGGAUCGCCAGAUGCAGACGGUGA